AAAUUUGGAAUAGCGUUACCCCCCAACUGAACAGUAUACCCCAGUGGCAUGUUAAACCCCAAAAACAGUGUUUAGGUUUGAGGAGUUUCACGGAAAGAGAUGGCGAAGGAGUUAUUGACGCUCGAUAAUGGCACAACAUGCACUUCAUGGAACUACUCUUCUACCAGACUCGCUGCUGGUUCCGUCGAUGGCACGCUUUCGAUCUUCGAUUUCCCCGACCCACCCUCUUCCUCCCUCCGCUCUUCUUUCAAAUCUAGGGUUCUGGAAGGAAACAUCGUCAAGAUUGUUUGGGUUCCGCCAGAAUAUGGCGAUGCAGUUGCGUGUAUUUCCGCUGAUGGAAUUGUGUCAUUGUGGGAGGAGGUUGUGGAAGAUUCACAGCCUCUUCAGUGGAAGAUUUGUAGAAGCUUUGGAAACAGUUCAAGCAAAGUCCUUGAUGUUCAAUUUGGAAUCUCUUUGACUAGUUUGAAAAUGGUUGCCGCAUAUGCAGACGGUAAUGUACAAGUUUUUGAGCUCUUGGAUCCCUUGGAACUGAAAAACUGGCAGCUUCAGGCUGAAUUUCAAAAUGUUAUUGAGUCAGUAUCUGCAUUUGGAAAGGCUACGUGUCUCUCUGCAUCCAUAUCUUGGAAUCCACAAAAGGGUGGAAACCGGGAAUCCAGCUUCCUUAUAGGUUUUAAUUCAAAUACAUCAGAGCUUAAUUCUUCCAAGGUAUGGGAAUUUGAUCAAGCUCAUCAAAGAUGGCUUCCGGUGGCAGAAUUGGCACUUCCUGAGGACAAGGGUGAUCAGGUUUAUGUUGUUGCAUGGGCACCAAAUAUUGGCAGACCAUAUGAGAUCAUUGCUGUUGCAACACCCAAGGGACUUGCAAUAUGGCACCUUGGAUUGAACCCUGAUCAUAAUGGGAGACUCCCGGUGGAGAGAGUUGCACUAUUGUCAGGUCAUGAAGGCAUGGUGUGGCAAAUGGAGUGGGAUAUGAGUGGAAUGACAUUGGCCACUACAGGUCACGAUGGAAUGGUCCGAUUGUGGCAGUCUAAUCUCAAUGGCGUUUGGCAUCAGCAGGCUGCGUUUGAACCCUCUUCUUAGCCACUCGUCUACUAUUAUACCCAGCCGAUUUAUGUGGCAAACGAAUCUCUUAAAUAUUUUGGGCUCUGGAGAGGGGUUCAAGGGAUCUCUGUCUGCUUUUUAGUAACAUCCGAUAUCUAAACCUCAAUUCAAUUUGUUGUAACUUGUAAGUAGUAAGCCGACGUGGGUUUUCUUCCUUUUUUCCCCACCAGUAUUAAUUAUUGAUUAGGAUGACGUGUAUUCUGUUGUAGUUUAGGUGGACCAAGAUACUCGUGUUACAUAAAGGCUAUGAUGCAGAUGGCUUUCCUUUACUAUCUCACCCAAGUAUCCUGCUGUUUGUACAAAUAAUUUCGCUUUCAAGUAGCUUAAGAUAAGAUUUUCAUUUGCUCUAUAUUGAAAGAACACGCAGUUCUUUAUCAAA